GCCCCACCGCCCCUUGCUUCAGCUCCCAGGGCUCAGAACUGUUUGACUUUCUCGGCUGUCUUCUUCUACUUUAGACUUUAUCUAAGUUAUGUUCUUUUAAUUGAUUCUUACCUGAAAAACAUCUAAUCUGGGAAUCAUGGUACUGGGCAAGAAACUGGCAAAAGAGUCCAUGCUGCCUUCUGUACAAGAGGCCAGAGACACUGACCUGGAAAGUGAGGGCUCAUCAACUGGGACCCCUCAACUUGGGGGCAUCAGUGGACGGCCAGCCAGCCGACCAGGCAAGCCGUUCAGCCGUGGAGGUGUUGACUACAAGAUAAUUCCUAGAUCUGCAAAAUCUAAAUCUGUGACCAACACCUCUCUGGGGUCUGAGCAAACAGAGCAGCAAGAUUCACCAGCCAAGGUGGAAGAAAGACAGCCUUUGGAUGACAAUCAAGAGGAAGAGCUGAAUGGGCCAGAAGUGGACUGGGACACUGAUUUGGAGUCGGGAGAAACGAGGACAGCAUAUGAUCCAUCAGGACGCACAAUGUACUUAGAAGCCUGCAAGGUGUAUGGUGUGGUGCCAGCUUCCUACUUUUUACUUCACAUUCAGGAUCCGGAGCUCAACAUGAUGCACCACGGACUGGGACCCCAGGGUGCAAAGGCGUUGGCUGUUCCAUUGGUAACUAACACAUUCAUUGUGAAGCUGAGCCUCCAAGAUAAUUGGCUGGAAGGAGAAGGGGGUGCAGCAAUAGCAGAGAUGCUUAAAGAAAACUGCUACAUCACCGAGCUUGAUUUAUCAGACAACAAGCUGGGAGUCACUGGUGCACAGGCCCUUUCAAGCAUGCUUCUGGAGAACAGCACUCUGGUUGGCCUAAACCUCUCUGGUAAUGAAUUUGAUGAUCACGCUACCAAACAUCUGGCUGAAGUCUUGGUGACUAAUCAGAAAGUAGAGACAUUGGACCUGAGCCACAAUCGAAUGGCAGAUGGAGCAGGUGAGGCCAUGGGCCAUGCCAUUGCUGAAAACACUCGGAUGAAGGACCUCAAUCUCAGCUGGAACUGCUUCAGAGGGAAAGGAGCCAUCUCAGUGGCCAAGGGCUUGGGUGCAAAUAUAUUUCUCAGAGUUGUGGAUUUGUCCUACAAUGGUUUUGGGAAAGAUGGUGCUGCUGCCCUGGGAGAUGCUCUAAAAGUCAACAAUGUCCUUGAGGAACUCAAUAUUAGCAACAAUCGGAUUCCUCCCGAAGGAGCAGUGAGACUAGCAAUGGGCCUUAAAGAAAACAAGACAUUAAAAGUUCUGAAUCUGGCUCGAAAUCCAUUCCAGACUGCCGGAUGCUAUGCGGUUUUAAAAUCCCUACAAGGAAAUCCUGAAUCUGCCAUUGAAUCUUUGGACUUCUCGGAUAUCACAGUGAACACGGACUUUGAUGAUCUGUACAAAACAGUAAAGGAGGCAUUUCCAGGUCUACAGAUCAAACAUGGAGGCAAUGCUGACAUGUUCAAGAGGGCAAAGGCCAAGACUGACCCACUCUCCAAACUCAAAGAGCACAUGAAGGAGAAGAACUUGCAGCUGGAAGACAUCUUUGAAAGUGCAGGAGAAGAUGACAGCCCCCUUAUAACACGAGAGGAAUUCCAGCGAAGUCUGCUGACUACCACAAUCCUCCUUUCCCAGGAGGAGCUACAAUCACUGAUGGACACCUUGGAUAAGAACAAUGAAGGGCAAAUUGAUUUCAGUGAACUUAAACACUUAGUGGGGCACGCCUAGCACCUUUAGAGAGGACAUGAAGUUGAAGUUGGCUGGACACACAGGUGAUUUUAGUGUGCCUUUUCCCAUUUCUAUGCCUAAUUUGGGACAACUCUUGAAAUUUUGUUGGACCCUUUCUGCGUGGGAGGUCUCCAGUUGAAUAAAUUCAGCUCCUUCAAUGACCUUGGUUUGGAGAGUGGAUUGAGGGGCCACUGGAUGUUGCCAGCUUAAGGAGAUCAGUGGCUUAAAGAAGACAUUUCUUCCAGUCAGCUAAUUUCAGAAUUUCACAGCUGGGAAACAUUCUACUUUGAAGAACAGCUGAGAUGAAAGCAAGCAUUUUAUGAGACAUCUUAAUGUAAUAUGUUAAAUGCUUCACUACCUACAUGUUCUGUUUUCCCUCAGCUGGAUGAUGACAGCUACUCUUGUUCGAUAUGCUUCCUAUUAAAUGUGUUUCAGGAAAAUGAAAGUAACAUCAUUUAAUAAAGGCGUUUCUCAUGAA